AUGUUUUUUCUUCAGCCCCAUAUCUGCCUGUCUGCCUACGUCAGGCGCGUAGCAGGUACGGGCCCUCCCUUAGAGCCUCAAGGGCUGGAUGCGUACCUGCUCCGUGCCGGCCGUGCAUGCAGCUGGAUCGUAGUACAUGGCUCGCAUGGCUGGAUUCAGUUCUCUGUGUUCUCAGUUCUCAGUGCUCACUGCUCUGCGUUCCUCCAUUGUGGUUUGCCGGGGCCCCAGCGCCGCCGUCAUUGGGCUAUUGGCCCUUGGGUCGGGGGGCCUUUUUCAGUGGGCUGGGACCCUGCUGGGGCCUGCUUGGGCCCUUUGGCCCUUUUUGGCCCUUUUUGGCACGUAGGAGUGAUGAGGGCGCGGAUACAAAAGAGGCUUGCCCCACCACUCAUCGCCCAUCAGCAACCAUCCGUCUCUGAUCGCACUUGUUACUCCGAAGCACGCUGCGCCUAUUGCAAAUCGCCCUCUCGGUGAACCACGGGGCGGACAUCAAGCAUCCACCCAGGCAAACGAAGCAGCUGCCGCCUUAGGAACCCAUUCACUGCGCACCAUCUCUGGCAUCCGGUCCCUCUUGUCGCUUUAUUGCUCCUCUCCUGCCUUGUUUGCCAAACUCCCGUCGCC